AUGCUCCUUAGACUAUGGGAGAACCUUUCACUUAGCCUACUGAACCGCAAAUCUGCUCACUUCCCCAUCUUUUCCAUGAUGGAUAAACUUCUCUUUGACUCACCUCACCUCACUCACUUCUUCAAAGCUCCGGAAUUGGUUGACGCGACUCGCCUUUUGCACGGAUCAAAGUUCCUGGUCUUUGUAUCUAACCGCAGUGCGAACCUUCCGUAA